UGAUUGCUGCCCAGAGAGAAUCUUUUCCAGCUCCCAGCUGGCAGGCUAAGGCCCUCCGGAGCCCAAAGCGAGCCCAAGCAGAAGCCAGUAGGGUUAUCUGUGUCAGGAUCAUUUCCAGGGGAAUAGUUCUGGCCCCCGGCAGGUAAAGACGGGCCAGAGGAGAAGAGGCAGAAGAGGAGAGAGAGCAGGCUCUUUGCGAGCAGCCCAGGCUGGAGAAAGGCUCUGUACUUUUGGCGUUCCUGCAGGGAUAUCCCCUCUCACGUUGGCAGCCAGGCUGAGAAAGGGCUUCAAGAUCCCCGCAGAAUGACAACUCUUGUUCCUGAAACCCUCUCCUUCCUUCUUCUCUGGACCCUGCCAGGGCAGGUCCUCCUCAGGGUGGCCUUGGCAAAAGAGGAAGUCAAAUCUGGAACCAAGGGGUCCCAGCCCAUGUCCCCCUCUGAUUUCCUAGACAAACUUAUGGGGCGAACAUCUGGAUAUGAUGCCAGGAUUCGGCCCAAUUUUAAAGGCCCACCCGUGAACGUGACCUGCAACAUCUUCAUCAACAGUUUCAGCUCCGUCACCGAGACCACAAUGGACUACCGGGUGAAUGUCUUCUUGCGGCAACAGUGGAAUGACCCACGCCUGUCCUACCGAGAAUAUCCUGAUGACUCUCUGGACCUCGAUCCCUCCAUGCUGGACUCUAUCUGGAAGCCAGACCUGUUCUUUGCUAAUGAGAAAGGGGCCAACUUCCAUGAGGUGACCACGGACAACAAGUUACUGCGCAUCUUCAAGAAUGGGAAUGUGCUCUACAGCAUCAGGUUGACCCUCAUUUUGUCCUGCCCGAUGGACCUCAAGAACUUCCCCAUGGACAUCCAGACCUGCACGAUGCAGCUGGAGAGCUUUGGCUACACCAUGAAUGACCUCGUGUUUGAGUGGCUGGAAGAUGCUCCUGCUGUCCAAGUGGCUGAGGGGCUGACUCUGCCCCAGUUUAUCUUGCGGGAUGAGAAGGAUCUAGGCUGUUGUACCAAGCACUACAACACAGGGAAAUUCACCUGCAUCGAGGUAAAGUUUCACCUGGAACGGCAGAUGGGCUACUAUCUGAUUCAGAUGUACAUCCCCAGCCUACUCAUCGUCAUCCUGUCCUGGGUCUCCUUCUGGAUCAACAUGGAUGCUGCCCCUGCCCGUGUGGGCCUGGGCAUCACCACCGUGCUCACCAUGACCACCCAGAGCUCUGGCUCCCGGGCCUCUUUGCCUAAGGUGUCCUACGUGAAGGCAAUCGACAUCUGGAUGGCUGUGUGUCUGCUCUUUGUGUUCGCUGCCUUGCUGGAGUAUGCUGCUGUAAAUUUUGUUUCUCGUCAGCAUAAAGAAUUCAUACGACUUCGAAGAAGGCAGAGGCGCCAACGCUUGGAGGAAGAUAUCAUCCAAGAAAGUCGUUUCUAUUUCCGUGGCUAUGGCUUGGGCCACUGCCUGCAGGCAAGAGAUGGAGGUCCAAUGGAAGGUUCUGGCAUUUAUAGUCCCCAACCUCCAGCCCCUCUUCUAAGGGAAGGAGAAACCAUGCGGAAACUCUACGUGGACCGAGCCAAGAGAAUUGACACCAUCUCCCGGGCUGUCUUCCCUUUCACUUUCCUCAUCUUCAAUAUCUUCUACUGGGUUGUCUAUAAAGUGCUACGGUCAGAAGAUAUCCACCAGGCUCUGUGAAUAGGGUGGGAGCUAUAGAGUCCUGCUGCUGGCCUCCUGCUUCCUCCUGGGUGGGCUUUCUCCCUCAGUUAGACUCCAUUAGGGGUUUGGACAGUUCCUUCCUGAUCUCCCACUCAGAACUUCAACUACCAGUCCCAAAGCUAUGUGGGCCUAUAUUGCAUGGUGCCAAUGGUGGCUGUACUUACAAAGAUGGCUUAUCUACCCUAGUCCAUAUUUUCUCCAUACUUUCCCAUUUCUCAUGAGACUAAGGUUUGGCCACAUUCCUGGGGCCAGGAUGACCUUCUGCCCUUGCUGGAGCCUCCCUGUUUUCCAAUACUCCAGUGGAGAGUAUUCAGAACACUGCUGCUAGAUUCUGGCAUUUGUCAUCUUAAUCUGCACCACUUCUCCCCCUGCCACCUCCCACCCAGAGCCUGGCCAUUACUGUGUCCUCUGUCCCUCCUGCUGCAGAUUCAAAUGGUGAGUUUCUCCUAUCCACAAGUGCUGCCCUGUGGGGCCUAGUCAGGUUUCCUUGAAGUGAGAGGAAGGCAAAGCCGCAAGUUCCCCACCUCUCGAGAGGGUUGGAACAGUCAUAGGCUGCACUGGGCUAGCGACUAUAUGGCCCAACAGAGAGGUGUUCAAGUCUCUUGGGAAGCCCCGCACUUUGUCUUCAUCCCUUUUCCUAUUGCGCUUGUCUGCUCUUUCCUGUUCACUGAGAUACUCCUCGUCUGUCUCUUAGUUUUGAGGAGAGCGUUCUGAGCUGACCAGGGUAGCUGGUUCAGAAAUUACUGUCAGAAUUGGGGCAGAGACUUUGGGUUCUCAAAAAGACUAAUCUUCCAGAUCCACCUGAACAUUCUGGUCUCAGAAAUAUUCGUUCCGUUCCCUAAUUAACUAGCAUGGUGGCAGGAUCUGUUGGACAGCUGGGGAGUGUAAAAAGAGAAAAAUACUUGUUCUUUAAGAAACUUACAUUAUGAUGCUAGAAAACUUUUGAGAAAAGUGAGAUCCAAGGUAGUGGAACCCAGGAGGAGUAGAAUAGAGAAACUAUUCUCAGAGUGUCUUUUGUUGGCUGGGCUUUCAUUUGUUUCUUCUUUCUCACCAAAGUCUAUUUUCCAGGGCCCUUCAUUUCCAACCUGGUCUUUCACCUCCUUUUGGUGUGCAAAUAAAGGUGCCACUGCAACCUUGUUAAGGAUGGAAUGGGCUUCAAGUUUGCUGGGGAGGAACUAGGCAUGUAGAAGACCCCUAUACUAGAUCAACAUUGAUUUGACCAACAUUAGGGUAGCAGUUGUAGAAGUUAAAGAGCCAUAAUUCAGAGUUGUUUCUUCACCCUUCUUGCUCCAUAAGGAGAAGCAGUGAGUAGGUGUAGCAGUCAGUUGAAACUACCAGAAAUGUCAGAAUAGAGAGAGUUGGUGUGGAAGAGCCCACUUCAGGCCUGACAUACCACUGGGACAUGGGGAAGCAUGUGCCUGGCACACUGAGACCUUUGAAGUGACCAACUGUGAGCAACUGAAACAGGAGAGAUUAAAGUGUGGGACUGACACUGGAAGAAAGAAGUGAUCAAAUGAUCUCUUAGACAUCUUGUCCUUUUCUCUGGACCUAGAAUAAUUAAGCACAUAAGUCCAGUCUCUCCCUCUGCUUCUCUCUUUCUCUCUCCUUUUCUCUCUCUCUUCCUCCUUCCUUCCCUUCCUCCCUCCAUAUGGUGAUCCAAAUUGAAAGUCAAUAAAUCCAAUGGCCAAAGCUAAUCCUAUAAUCAAACCAAGAGCUUGACUUUGUCUUUAUCCCUUUUCCUAUUGCGCUUGUCUUCUCUUUCCUGUUCACUGAGAUACUCCUCUUGUCUGUCUCUUAGUUUUGAGGAGAGCAUUCUGAGCUGACCAGGGUAGCUGGUCCAGAAAUUAUUUUUAUUGGCAAUAUUAUAACUCUGGUACCAAGCAGAUUUAAAACAAAAUAACUGGCAUAAGGGAGCAGAUUGAAUUGAGAAGGGCAGAAAACCCCUGUUUUCCUAUUUCUGCCCAGGUAGUGCCAAUCAAUGAGAGGCCACAAGCAAUACUCCUUUGAAAGGAGCAGAGAGCAUCUCUUUGAUACUCUCCAUGGAGGGGCUGGGGUGUCAGGCUGCUGCAGCCCGAAGGCGGGGGUAGCAGGGAGGGUGGACUAUGGAGAUGAGCU